UGCAAUUCGCGCGCAAUGGAGCAGGACCAGAGCGCUGCCGCUCCGGAAUCCGCAAACCCAGAGGCCGGCGCCGCGGCCUCCUCCGUCGAUUCGGCAACCGCUGGCGCUGACGCGACAGUUUACGGCCAGAACUCGGCGAGCGCGAACCCUGACGCGAGCGUUGGCGUCCAGUACCCAGACUCGGGUUACAAUGGAGCUCAGGGCGCUGACGGAUCUGCGUAUCCAACCGAGCACGCCUCCCUGAACGGGACCGCUGGCCAGGAGGCGAGUUACCAGGCCGCGGGAGCUGCGGAGAACGGUGGCGCCACUGACGAGAUGGCCGAGCCGAUGGUUCCCGAGCAAUCCUACGAGGAUGCUGUAGCUUCAGCAGAGGAGGCUAGGUUGUGGGAGGUUGUUACCGCAGAUUGCUUAGACUUCAAUGCUUGGAUUGCACUUAUUGAGGAGACUGAGAGAAUUGCCGGGGGCAAUAUUUUGAAAAUACGCAAAGUGUAUGACGCAUUCCUUGCGGAGUUCCCUCUAUGCUUUGGGUAUUGGAAGAAAUACGCAGAUCACGAAGGCCAUCUUGAUGGCGUCAGUAAAGUUAUAGAGGUUUAUGAACGGGCAGUUCUUGCAGUUACUUAUUCAGUGGACAUUUGGGUUAACUAUUGUCUGUUUGCAAUUUCGACAUACGAUGACCCAGAUAUCAUCAGAAGACUGUUUGAGCGGGGUCUGGCCUAUGUUGGAUCAGAUUUUCGUUCCAAUACUUUGUGGGAUGAGUACCUCAAGUAUGAAGAAUCACUUCAGGCAUGGAGUCAUCUGGCUGUGAUAUAUACAAGAAUACUAGAACAUCCUGUACAACAGCUUGAUCGGUACUUUAAUUGCUUGAAGGAGUUAACCACGACACGGAACCUAUCAGAAAUACUUACUGCUGAGGAAACUUCCAUGUAUGGUCUUACUGUUGAGAACAGUGCUCAGGCCCUUGAUGGGGAGGCACAUCAGAAUGAUGUAGAUAAAACUGCCGAACCUGAAAUUUCAUGUUCAACAGAAGCAGAGGACAAGGCAAAAUAUGUUUCUGUUAGAGAAGAGAUGUAUAAGAAGGCUAAAGAGUAUGAAUCAAAGAUUAUUGUUUUUGAGCAAGCUAUUAGAAGACCAUACUUUCACGUCAGGCCUCUUGACAAACCAGAACUUGAAAAUUGGCACAGCUAUCUUGAUUUCAUCGAGAGUGAAGAAGACAUUAAUAAGGUUAUCAAGCUGUAUGAAAGAUGUGUUAUUGCGUGUGCUAGCUAUUCAGAAUUCUGGAUCCGCUAUGUUCAAUGCAUGGAGGAUAGACAAAGCCUAGAACUAGCUAACAAUGCUCUUGCUCGUGCCACUCAUGUGUUUGUCAAGAAGCAGACAGAGAUCCAUCUGUUUAGUGCAAGAUUCAAGGAGCUAAAUGGCGAUAGUGCUGGAGCACGUGCAGAAUAUCAGCACCUUCACUCAGAGUUAUAUCCUGGCUUCCUCGAAGCCAUUGUGAAGCAUGCCAAUAUGGAGCACCGGCUGGGAGAUAAAGAAUCUGCUUGCCUAGUUUAUGAGAAAGCCAUAGCUGUUGAAAAGGAAAAGGAGCAGAGCCAGCUUUUGCCAACAUUGCUGAUUCAGUACUCACGUUUCUUGUACAUGGUCCGUGACUUCGAAAAGGCAAAGGAGAUCUCAUCUGGACUGCACGGGCUAGUUAACAUGACUAAAUCAAUUCUUGAGGCUGUCAUCUUUCUUGAGUCGGUCUUUCCAUCUGAAAAGCGCAUUGAUUUCUUAGAUUCACUGGUAGAGAAGUUCCUUACACCUGAGCCAACUCCAACUCAAGGGGAGUUGGCAAGUUUAAGCGACAAAGAAGAAAUAUCUUCCAUAUUCUUAGAGUUUAUGGAUACCUUUGGAGAUGCACAGUCAAUCAAGAAGGCUACAACUCGGCAUACUGUUCUUUUCUCACGGAAAAGGAGCAUUCUGCCAUCAAAGAAACGGAAAGCAGAUGAUGCUGGCAUGUCUGACAGAGAAAAAAUGGCCAAAACUGAAGAUGGCGCCCAACCAUUCACGGGAACUGAUCCUAAUGCUCAUAAUCCUCCAGUUUGGCCUGCAACUUCUGAAUCAUCAGCGCAGCAAUGGGGGGCUGCUUAUCCACCGCAGGCCACUUAUCCUGCAUAUGGAGCGUAUGACUACAGCCAUCAAAUGCCCCAAUCUGCUCCUCAAGCGGCAGCUUAUGGUGCCUAUCCUUCUACAUACCCACCUCAGGCGUACCCGCAGCAAAGCUAUGCACAACCUGCAGCAAUGCCAGUGGCAGCACCAGUAGCCGCACCAUCACCGACACCGGCACCAGUAGCUGCUUACCCUCAGCAACCUGCGGCAGCUCCUCAGCCAUACUACGGCGCCGCUGCCACAUAUUACUGAUUUGUUGAUUGAUGCAUCGGGUGCUUCAUCGAGUUCGACUAUCACUCUGCAGUCUAAUUAGCAUGUUUUGCCAGUACCAGGCCAAAGGCAUCGCGAGGCCCAUUCUGUUUCCGGGAUACCCCUUGCAGGGAUACUAUAUGCAACUCGUCCUUAUCCAGAUGAUACUUUUAAGCAGUGUAGUGAGGAUCAGCGCAGGAGUACAAAUCUAAGAGUUGUAUAUGUGUUUAUCUAUUGGUAGCAGUGUUUUGGCUACUGGAUUCCAA